AUGAACUCUGGGUUCUUCGACUUUGCAACCAACAUCCCAAAGUUGGAACACUUUGAAGGCAUGGGCUUUCGUAGAUGGCAAAAGAAGAUGAAGUUCCUCCUUGCGGCCCUAAAUGUGGCAUAUGUGAAGAUGAAGUUCCUCUUUGCGGCCCUAAAUGUGGCAUAUGUGCUGAGCACCUCGAAGCCGGUAGAGCAAGAGAAUAAGACACUCAAAGCCACCCGUCGCCGGCUCAAAUGGGAAAAUGAUGACCUCGCAUGCCGUGGCCAUAUUUUGAAUGGUAUAUCUGACACUCUCUUUGAUAUUUAUCAGUAUGAGGAGUCCUCUAAGGACCUGUGGGAAAAGCUUGAGGCAAAAUAUAUAUCUGAGGAUGCCUCUAGCAAGAAAUUCCUGGUAAGUGAAUUUAAUGAAUUCAAAAUGGUGGAUAGUCGACCUGUCAUGGAACAAUUCCAUGAGAUCAUCAGAUUGCUUGGGUUGAUAAGGAAACAUGGCAUGAAUAUGGAUGACUCCAUUUCCAUUGCUGGUAUCGUAGACAAGCUGCCACCUUCUUGGAAAAAGGUACAUCGUACCUUGAUGCAAAAGAAGGAAGAACUUACCAUGGAACAACUGGGCUCCCACCUUUAUGUUGAGGAAGGGAUCAGACUGAAGGAAAGUAAGAAUAAAGGCAUUGCAAAGGCCACUGGGAACCGAAAAGGGAAAGGGAAACCGAGAAAGGCUACCAAAUCUUCUAAGUUUAAGAAGAAUGGAAACGAAAAAGGGAAGGCAUCUGUUACAUGCUAG